AUGAACAACUACGCGAGCAGCGCCAUGAACGAAUACAAUGCGUCAGUGCGGCCAGGGUCAACGAGACCAGGCACGCGAUUUGCAGCCCCCAUUCGGAAUCCAGAGCACGCAGAGCCUUGGGAUCAGAUAAGCGACGAACAUCGGAACGAGAUCAACGAUUGCUUCCACCUCUUCGACAUGAACAAAGACGAACAGCUCGACUUCAGCGAAUUCCGGUACGCGCUACAAGCCCUCGGCUUCUCCAACCUCUCGCGGCCCGAUCUCAUCGCGUCAUUUAAGUCGGCCGCACGACCGCGUCCAGGCUGGACACCUCUGCCAUCCCUCCCGAACCAGCCGCCGCCGCAAACCACGCCAGGCGUAGUCGACUUGCGGCUAUCGCGCGAGGGCUUUCAAUCAGUCGCGGCGCGGUACGUAGCAGCACGCGACCCGCGCGAGGAGCUGCUCAAGACGUUUGCGCUAUUCGACCGCGGCGGCAAGGGCGUUAUCACCGUCGACGACCUGCGCAGUGUCGUCAAAGAACUCGGCGAAGACGUGCCUGACAACGAGCUGCACAGCAUGAUCGAGCAGUUCGACGUCGAGGGCAAGGGCGGCGUCAGCCGCGAGGAGUUUCUAGGUAUCUUCCUCGACAGAGACGACAAGAUACCCAGAACUGGGAAUCUAGCAGAAGUCGCAUCAUCAGGCGAGAGUUGGCUCCGAGUAUCUAUCUCUCCAAGCACCACACGCCGCCCAUCUAGCGCGUGUCUGGAAACCGCAGGACGGAGCAAGAGGACCCAAGCGGCAAGCCAAGAGGUAGCCGAGACAGCCGGCCGGGAUGCAACAACAGACAAGAAGAUAGGAGAAUGGGCGGGCCCGCUCGACAGACGAACAAAGGGGGGCGUGCUACGGAAGAAGAAGACGCGACGUAGAAAGAAGCUGGAGGGAGAUAGAAGCAAACUUACAAGAUACCCGGAUACCCACACUGCAUUACAUUACGUUACGUUCUAA